CUAAAACAUAAUACAGUGCAAACAAACCAAACCAACCACCCACAGAUAACAGUACAUACAAGCAAGCGUCGUCAGGCAGGCCGGGUCAAUAUCAAUAGGGCAGGUAGGUACAGGGGGAGCAAGCGGAGAUUGGUCGGGGUCACAGGCCAGGUUCAGCAGAUAGCAAGCAGCGUGGUACAGAGGGUCAGGCAGAGGGAUGGUCAGGAGCGAGCCGGGAUCAGAGCAGGAGAGAAGUCAGCAGCGGUUCAGAUCAGGCAGGGUCAGCAAAGGAACAGAAACAGGAUGCAGGACAGAUACAGGGCCCAGCACAAACACAACACCAAGGCAGAGUCUGCAGGUCUGGCC